AUGAGGGACAGGAUUUGUGCAAACAAAGGGGCAGGUGCAGGGGCUGGGCCAGGGGUGCAGGGUGGCCGUCAACCCCUGCUGCCCGCCAAGGCCAGGGAGGCCACGACUGGGCGUCCCCAGCGGGGGUCCCUGCACCCCACCCGAUUCCCCUGCCAGGUGGGCCGGCUGGGCCCCACGAGGUCUGGCUGGGUGGGCCCUGCCCGUGGCCCGUCUCCUGCCCCUGUGGAGCGACCCUUUCUUAAAAAUGCGGACUCCUCUGGAAAGACCAGGCGCCCCUCUCCGCGCCCAUCUCCUGUGCACCGACGUGAGCGGCCGCGAGGGCCUCCUGGGAAAUGUCAGGGGAGCCGCACCGCGCUGGGCAGCCAUGGGGUGCUGGGGCCCUGCAUAGGGCCGUCUCUUCCCCGAGGCCCCCCUACCUUCCUGACCCGAGCCCCCCAGCUGGAGGCAUUGGCGCCGCCCGGGGCACAGCUCCCUGCACGGUUCCUGGCGAAAGCAAGUCGGCAAGUCCCGAGGGGCGGGGAUUCCACAAGAACUGGUGGGCGGGGGGCCAUUAGAGGUGCCAACCUCAUCUUGCCAGUCCAGACGUGGGCCGCGGCUCUGACCCCUGCUGGGAAGGAUGUCGUGGGCAGGGAGGGGCAGCGAGGGGCUGUGGCUUCUCCAGCUCUGCCCCCCCGGCCCCCGCCCCACGUCGGAAUCUCCUGGUUCAGGCUGCCUCUGCCCCUGGACCCCACUCCCCACGCGACCCCACACCUCCCCUCUGCCUGGGUCCGUCCCAAUCCCGUCUCCCUGUCCCCCGGUUGCCCUGCUUGUGGCUGUGGGCCAGCUCACCACCCCGCACCCAGCCCCUGGCCCACCGCCCCGCACCCAGCCCGGUACCCAGCUACUGGCCGCUCAGCACCCAGCUCACCAAUCCGCACCUGGCCCAGCACCCAGCCCCCAGCCCACCGCCCCGCACCCGGCCCAGCACCCACUGCCAGCCCACCACUCAGCACCCAGCCCACCACCCCGCACCCAGCCCAGUACCCAGCCCUCAGCCCACCACUCAGCACCCAGCCCAUCACCCCACACCCAGCCCCCAGCCUACCACCCCACACCCAGCCCAGCACCCAGCCCCCACCUCACCACUCAGCACCCAGCCCCCAGCCCACCACCCCACACCCGGCCCAGCACCUGCUGCCAGCCCACCACUCAGCACCCAGCCCCCAGCCUACCACCCCACACCCGGCCCAGCACCCAGCCCCCAGCUCACCACUCAGCACCCAGCCCCCAGCCCACCACCCCACACCCGGCCCAGCACCUGCUGCCAGCCCACCACUCAGCACCCAGCCCACCACCCUGCACCCGGCCCAGCACCCAGCACCCAGCCCACCACUCAGCACCCAGCACCCGGCCCACCACACCACACCCGGCCCAGCACCUGCUGCCAGCCCACCACUCAGCACCCAGCCCACCACCCCGCACCCGGCCCAGCACCCAGCACCCAGCCCACCACUCAGCACCCAGCACCCGGCCCACCACACCACACCCGGCCCAGCACCCGCUGCCAGCCUGGCCAUGAAUGACGGCGGGUUAAAGGUGUGCCCACCCCCCACGCUGUUGAAGCUCCUUUGA